AUGCUCCCACGACAAGCUGCAUCUCUGUCGCGCGCAUCCAACAUCGCCUCUAGAGCCUCACCGCUGUGCAGAAGAGCGCCUCGAACCACGUUCUCGCAAAACCGCACCUUCUUCACGAGCAAUGGCAACCCCGAGUCCAAGGCGAAACGCGCCCAGCUGCUGGGUUCCGCUGCCCUUAAGAACGCUCGUCUGAGCAAAGACAGGGCGUCUCUCGUCCGCUCGCUCUCCACAAAGCCCCUCCCCGCGCCCACCUCUCGAAUCGUACGUUAUGCAUGGCGAUCAGCCGCGUGGCUGGGCAGCUUCGUGGCCGUCAGUGGUACCCUCGUCGUCGCAUUCUUCAUCUACGACGCCACCACAUACAAGGAAGAGCCAGAUGCGGUCGACAUUCCUGUCUCGGAGCUGGCACUGAACCCGCGAAGAGGCGGGCCAAAGAACCUGCCCAUCGCUGACCACUUUGUCGACGACGACGACUGCCCGGAAAACAGGGCCGUCAAGCACAAGCCGAAGCUGGUCAUUUUGGGAACAGGAUGGGGCAGCGUUGCGCUCUUGAAGACACUGAAUCCCGACGAAUACCACGUUACCGUCAUCUCGCCCUCCAACACUUUCCUCUUCACUCCCAUGCUGCCGUCGGCGACUGUUGGCACCCUCGAGCUACGAUCCCUAGUCGAGCCUGUGAGGCGUAUCGUCAGGAGGGUGCGCGGACACUUUCUCAAGGCGAAAGCUGAGGACGUUCACUUUUCAGAGAAGCUCAUCGAGUGUUCCUCCACUGACGCUGACGGCAAAGAAAGCCGCUUCUACGUGCCCUACGACAAGCUGGUAGUUGGUGUGGGCUCCGUCACCAAUCCUCAUGGCGUCAAGGGACUAGAGAACUGCCACUUCCUCAAGGACAUCAGUGAUGCGCGACUGAUCCGUAACGCAGUCGUUCAAAACCUCGAGACCGCGUGCCUGCCCACAACGAGCGACGAAGAGCGCAGACGGCUUCUGUCCUUUGUCGUUUGCGGCGGUGGACCCACCGGUGUCGAGUUUGCAGCUGAAUUGUUCGACAUGCUGAACGAGGAUCUGUGCAAGCAGUACCCGCGAAUUCUCCGCAAUGAAAUCUCCGUCCACGUCAUCCAGUCUCGAAGCCACAUUCUCAACACCUAUGACGAGGCUUUGUCUCAGUACGCCGAGACUCGGUUUGCGCACGAUGCCGUCGAUAUCCAGACAAACGCUCGCGUGAAGGAGGUCCUGCCCGACAGAAUCUUAUACUCUCAGAAGGGCGACGGCGAUGAUGCCAAGAUUGUCACCAAGGAGAUCCCCAUGGGCUUCUGCUUAUGGUCGACUGGUGUUGCGCAGACCGACUUCUGCAAGAGGCUCGCUCAGAAGCUCGAUGGCCAGAACAACAAGCACGCGCUUGAGACAGACACCCACCUUCGCCUCAGCGGCUCACCACUGGGUGACGUCUACGCCAUCGGCGACUGCGCGACUGUUCAGAACAACGUCUCUGACCACAUCGUGAACUUCCUCCGUACCACAGCUUGGGAGAAGGGCAAGGACCCUGAGAAGCUGCAGAUUUCGUACAAUGACUGGCGCGGUGUCGCCAGGCGCGUCAAGCAGCGCUUCCCACAAGCUGCCAACCACCUGCGUCGACUGGAUAAGCUCUUCGAGCAGUACGACAAGGACAAGUCUGGUACCCUCGACUUCGGCGAGCUUAGGGAGCUGCUGUUCCAGAUUGACUCGAAGCUGACAUCGCUCCCCGCCACCGCCCAGCGUGCGAACCAGCAGGGUCAGUACCUAGGCCGCAAGUUCAACAAAAUCGCCCAGGCGGCGCCAGGCCUGGCGCUGAAUGACGUGGACUACGGCGACAUCGACGACGCAGUAUACAAGGCAUUUGAGUACACGCACCUCGGCAGUCUGGCAUAUAUCGGAAACGCUGCCAUUUUCGACUGGAAUGGCUACGGACUCAGCGGUGGUCUGUUGGCUGUGUAUCUGUGGAGAGGCGUGUACUUUGCGCAGUCGGUGAGCUUCCGCACCAGGGCCCUCCUUGCCAUGGACUGGACCAAGAGGGCACUUUUCGGACGUGACCUGAUGAACUUCUAA